UCUUGAUAUCGCUAAAGUGGGUACUUUAUGAUCGGUGACGAAAAUGGGGCCUUGGAUUGUAAAACCCCAAAGCCAUUCAACUGCAGGAAAAUUAUCAAUGGCCUUUAAUGUGUCGAAAUGCAGGCGAAGGCGUGCAGUAAAUUAAACAAGUAAUAAACUAAGCGUUGAUAGAACGACAGUCAAUAAAUACAGAGACCCCGACCCAGACAUUCUGGCCAAUGUUGGGGGCUAAGACUGAAAUCGUGCAAUUGAAGACCCGGAAAAUUGGGGGCUCGAAAGCAAUUAAGGGAACUGCAGUAUGCCAAAGGGGGACGAAGGCAACAUAAUCGCCAAAACGUGCGGCAAUUACACGGUAGCUGGAGGAAUUGAAUGCCAAACAUCUGCUGCUCCUCCCGUCUCCGUAUAAUUUGCACUCGGCCCAAGCAAAUUCAAUUAACAAACGAUGCGGACACGUGCCGCAACCAAGUCGAUGACGCAAUGUCGAUGCCACAAUCGCUGACUAUAAAAACACCAGCUAAAACAACAACAAGCCCAGUACUUCACGUGAAGAGACCACUCAGACCUGAACUUGGACUAACUCAUUACGAGGAACAUCAGAUAUAUAUAUAUUACAUUGAUAGGAUGACGCAAUACCAGGCUAUAAGUACUUUCUUCCUGCUACUUCUAUCAUCCACACUAGUUAAAUCAAGUGAGCCUUGGCUGUAUAGUUUUGAGCACCCCAAAGAGGAGUCUCCGGACGAUGAUGAUGCAAUAAUGGAGAGACGUUGGCAGCUUGGCUACGAGAACUUUCGACUUCGCUGCGAAAAAUUCGAGACGGAAGGUAAUCAAACCGCUGCCGUAAGAACUCGAAUAGCUGGCGGAGAAUUGGCCACGCGCGGCAUGUUUCCCUAUCAAGUGGGUCUGGUGAUUCAGCUGAGUGGCGCAGAUCUGGUCAAAUGCGGUGGUUCCCUUAUCACUCUUCAGUUUAUUUUGACUGCAGCCCAUUGUUUGACCGACGCCAUAGCUGCAAAGAUUUACACGGGCGCCACCGUAUUUGCCGAUGUAGAAGACUCCGUGGAGGAGUUACAAGUCACGCAUAGAGAUUUUAUAAUUUAUCCUGAUUACUUGGGCUUUGGGGGAUAUAGUGACUUGGCUUUAAUACGACUGCCAAGAAAAGUCAGAACUUCAGAACAAGUGCAGCCCAUUGAGUUGGCUGGGGAGUUCAUGCAUCAGAACUUUCUGGUAGGCAAAGUGGUGACCCUAUCUGGCUGGGGUUAUCUAGGAGAUUCAACCGACAAACGGACGCGACUUCUACAGUACUUGGAUGCGGAGGUGAUCGAUCAGGAACGCUGCAUCUGCUAUUUCCUGCCAGGAUUGGUUAGCCACCGACGUCACCUGUGCACCGAUGGAAGCAAUGGACGUGGUGCCUGCAAUGGCGACUCCGGUGGCCCCGUGGUGUACCACUGGAGCAAUGUCAGCUACCUUAUUGGGGUCACCUCGUUCGGCAGUGCCGAAGGAUGCGAGGUAGGAGGGCCCACUGUCUACACCAGGAUAACCGCAUAUUUGCCAUGGAUCCGACAGCAAACGGCAAUGACCAACUAAAUGCAAUUAACGCCAAAUUGCAGCCCAUUAAUUGCUAAACAAUAUAGUCGGUCCAGACAAUAAAACCAAUUUGAGCAAUGAAACCGAAACAGGUUCUUCUGUCGAGAAGGGAAGGUGCAAAUGGUCCAUUUUAUGGGUGGAUGUUUUCCCUUGAAUGGAAAUUGUUGCCGAUAAAUAACAAUAAACAUUUCGGCAUUACAGCAGCAGACCAAGUCAAUUUGGGGAGCUCAAUAAGGGCACAAAAGAAAAAUAAGA